AUGGUCCUCACUGCAUUUGUCAUGUCACUACUUUCCGGUGCUGCAGCCGGUACCUCGACAGAUCUGGUUUUCUUCCCAAUUGACACUUUGAAGACAAGACUACAGGCAAAGGGUGGAUUCUUCCAAAAUGGUGGAUACCAUGGGAUAUAUCGAGGGUUGGGAAGUGCUGUAGUGGCAUCUGCCCCCAGUGCAUCGUUAUUUUUUGUUACAUACGAUUCUAUGAAAGUUCGUGUACGUCCUCAUGUCGAAAGAGUAAUCAAUAGCUCAGGAACUAGAAGUCCACAUUCUGUUGAUACGAUUGUACAUAUGAUAGCAUCAUCAAUGGGAGAAUUGGCAGCCUGCUUGGUUCGAGUUCCCGCAGAAGUUAUUAAGCAACGAACUCAAGUUCACUCUACAAAUUCGUCAUGGCAAACGUUUAGAACGAUUUUGAAGAAUGAGAAUCAAGAGGGGAUUAUAAGAAAUCUGUAUAGAGGUUGGUCCACGACGAUUAUGAGGGAAAUUCCUUUCACCUGUAUUCAAUUUCCUCUUUACGAAUUUAUGAAAAAGGAAUGGGCAUUGUAUGAUAAUGAAGUGGGGCAUUUGAAACCUUGGAAGGGUGCCAUUUGUGGCUCUAUUGCAGGUGGAAUUGCUGCUGCUACUACUACACCAUUAGAUUUCCUCAAAACAAGAUUGAUGUUAAAUAAGGAUUCCAUCCCCAUCAAGUCAUUAAUAAGAAAUAUUUACAAAGAGGAAGGCUUUAAGAUUUUUUUAGUGGAAUAUAUCCAAGGACAAUGUGGAUUAGUGCCGGCGGUGCCAUCUUCCUGGGUGUGUAUGAGACAAUGCAUUUUAUGCUUCAAUCGCUUGAGGAAACGAAAACUAUACUGUAUUGAUAGUAUGAUAAAAUUCCUAUAG